CUUGCCGGAAACCUCGUUUUGGCCUGGCCAUCCUCCCUCUCCUCCCUCUCUUCCGCCUCACCCAACCACCUGACAGCCAUGGCUCCGCCCCCCCGCCCCCGCCUGCGCCUGUCGGAGUAGCCGUCGCGGUCUGCCGGUGUUGGAGGCUUGGGGUGUAGGGUUGGCCCCGUUCUCCAGCGGAGAUGGGGCGCGGGAAGGUGCAGCUGAAGCGGAUCGAGAACAAGAUCAACCGGCAGGUGACCUUCUCCAAGCGCCGCUCGGGGCUGCUCAAGAAGGCGCACGAGAUCUCCGUGCUCUGCGACGCCGAGGUCGGCCUCAUCAUCUUCUCCACCAAGGGAAAGCUCUACGAGUUCUCCACCGAGUCAUGUAUGGACAAAAUUCUUGAACGGUAUGAGCGCUACUCUUAUGCAGAAAAGGUUCUCGUUUCAAGUGAAUCUGAAAUUCAGGGAAACUGGUGUCACGAAUAUAGGAAACUGAAGGCGAAGGUUGAGACAAUACAGAAAUGUCAAAAGCAUCUGAUGGGAGAGGAUCUUGAAUCUUUGAAUCUCAAGGAGUUGCAGCAACUGGAGCAGCAGCUGGAAAGCUCACUGAAACAUAUCAGAUCCAGGAAGAACCAACUUAUGCACGAAUCCAUUUCUGAGCUUCAGAAGAAGGAGAGGUCACUGCAGGAGGAGAAUAAAGUUCUCCAGAAGGAACUCGUCGAGAAGCAGAAGGCCCAGGCGGCGCAACAAGAUCAGACUCAGCCUCAAACAAGCUCUUCUUCUUCUUCUUCCUUCAUGAUGAGGGAUGCUCCCCCUGCCGCAACUACCAGCAUUCAUCCAGCGGCAUCAGGAGAGAGGGCAGAGGAUGCGGCAGUGCAGCCGCAGGCCCCACCCCGGACGGGGCUUCCACUGUGGAUGGUUAGCCACAUCAACGGCUGAAGGGCUUCCAGCCCAUAUAAGCGUACUAUUCAGUAGAGAGUAACAAGUUGCACCGGCCAGCCUGGUGUAUGUUGCGGUUGCUAGCAUGCCUGACCCCUUGGAGGGGAAAGGAAAAGAAAUCAGAGUAAAGUAGCAAGCUGCAGUGAUGUGUAUAUUUCACUUUGUCCACCUCAGUUUCCCUCCCAGCUGGGCUCAAUUUACCAUGUAAUCUAUAUGUAGCUUGAGUGAUGAAUUUUCAAGUUUCCAUGAUACCCGUCUCGAGCGGGUGUUGUUUAUGUGAAUUAACCUAUCAAAUAUGAGCAUUGUGUAUAUUGUGAUUCUUGAAAAUAAAUAAAUCAGGACCUUUAUGUCUU